UCUAACUAGGCGGUAGGCCGUGGCUGCCACGUGACUCCCGCUAGCACCGGAUGAUGGCGCAGCGCUGUGCACGCAGGCGCAGUGUGGGGCCUUUGCGGCCAAAGCUCGCGCGUUUUUCAGGAAUUGUCCAAAUGGAUGAAGAUACACAUUACGAUAAAGUGGAAGAUGUGGUUGGAAGUCACAUAGAAGAUGCAGUAACGUUUUGGGCCCAGAGUAUCAAUAGAAAUAAGGAUAUCAUGAAGAUUGGUUGCUCACUGUCCGAAGUUUGUCCCCAGGCCAGUUCAGUUUUGGGAAAUCUUGACCCAAAGAAGAUUUAUGGUGGAUUAUUUUCUGAAGAUAAGUGUUGGUACAGAUGCAAAGUACUGAAAAUCAUCAGCGAUGAAAAGUGUCUGGUGCGGUACAUUGACUAUGGAAAUACUGAAAUUCUAAAUCGAUCUGAUAUAGUUGAAAUUCCUUUGGAGCUGCAGUUUUCUAGUGUUGCCAAAAAGUAUAAACUUUGGGGACUACACAUUCCUUCUAAUCAAGAAGUUACCCAGUUUGAUCAGGGCACAACCUUUUUGGGGAGCUUGAUUUUCGAAAAGGAAAUAAAAAUGAGAAUUAAAGCAACCUCUCAAGAUGGAACAGUUAUUGCUCAGGCUGAGUAUGGCAGUGUGGAUAUAGGGGAAGAAGUGUUUAAGAAAGGAUUUGCAGAGAAAUGCAAACUUACUUCUAGAACUGACAUCUGUGAGGAAAAAAAAUUGGAUCCUGGUCAACUUGUUCUCAGGAACCUCAAAAGCCCCAUUCCUUUGUGGGGGCAUAGAUCAAACCAGUCAACUUUCAGCAGGCCCAAGGGGCACUUAAGUGAGAAGCUGACUCUUGACUUGAAGAAUGAAAAUGAUGCAGGAAAUCUUAUGACAUUUCCAAAGGAAAGUUUGGCUGUUGGUGACUUUAAUUUAGGGUCUAAUGUCAGCCUGGCAAAAAUUAAGCAGGACCAGAAACUGAUUGAAGAAAAUGAAAAACUUAAAACAGAGAAGGACGCUCUUCUCGAAAGUUAUAAGGCAUUAGAAUUGAAAGUAGAACAGAUUGCCCAGGAGCUGCAGCAAGAGAAAGCAGCUGCUGUGGAUUUGACUAAUCACUUAGAAAGCACUCUGAAGACCUGUAUAGAUACCAGAAUGAAAAAUCUGUCAGCUAAGAUGGAAAUACUGAAAGAAAUGAGGCAUGUCGGCAUCAGUGUUCGUUUCGGAAAUGACCUUUCAGAUGCUAUACAAGUGUUGGAUGAAGGGUGCUUUACUACUCCAGCUUCUUUGAAUGGAUUAGAGAAAAUAUGGGCAGAAUACAAUCUGGCUCAGGAGAAGAUUAAAACUUGUGAAUAUGUGAAUGAAGGGAAUAUUUUGAUUGCCCAAAGAAAUGAAAUGCAGCAGAAGCUGUACAUGUCAGUAGAAGAUUUUAUUCUGGAAGUUGAUGAGUCCUCUUAAUAAACGCUUAAAACAUUGCAGGAUUUGUCAGUUUCUUUAGAAGCAGUGUAUGGAGAAGCCAAAGAAGGAGCAAAUUCUGAUGAAAUACUUAAAAAAUUUUAUGACUGGAAGUGUGAUAAAAGAGAGGAGUUCACCAAUGUUAGAAGCAAAACAGACGCUUCUCUGCAGCGUCUGGUAGCAUGGUUCCAAAGAACCUUAAAGGUUUUUGACCUAUCGAUGGAAGAACCACUGAUUUCUGAGGACGCAGUAGAUAAUAUUGAUGAAAUCCUAGAGAAGACUGAGUCGAGUGUCUGCAAAGAGCUGGAGAUAGCUCUGGUUGAUCAAGGUGAUGCAGACAAGGAGAUAAUUUUAAAUACAUAUAGUCAAGUACUCCAAAAGAUUCGUUCAGAGGAAAGGCUCAUUGCCACAGUACAAGCUAAGUACAAGGACAGUAUUGAGUUUAAAAAGCAGCUUAUUGAAUAUUUAAAUAAGAGUCCCAGUGUAGAUCACUUGCUGUCCAUUAAGAAGACAUUGAAAAGCUUAAAAGCUCGACUGAGAUGGAAAUUGGUUGAAAAGAAUAACUUGGAAGAGUCAGAUGACCCUGAUGGCUCUCAAAUUGAGAAAAUAAAAGAAGAAAUAACUCAGCUGCGCAAUAAUGUUUUUCAGGAAAUUUAUCAUGAGAGGGAGGAAUAUGAGAUGCUGACUAGUUUGGCACAGAAAUGGUUCCCUGAGCUGCCUCUGCUUCAUCCUGAAAUAGGGUUACUCAAAUACAUGAACUCUGGUGGCCUCCUUACAAUGAGCUUGGAACGAGAUCUUCUUGAUGCUGAGCCCAUGAAGGAACUUAGCAGCAAGCGUCCUUUGGUAUGUUCUGAGGUUAAUGGGCAGAUAAUUCUGUUAAAGGGCUAUUCUGUGGAUGUUGACACAGAAGCCAAGGUGAUUGAGAGAGCAGCCACCUACCAUAGAGCUUGGAGAGAAGCUGAAGAAGAGUCAGGGUUACUACCAUUAAUAUUCCUGUUUUUAUGUAAGUCCGAUCCUAUGGCUUACCUGAUGGUCCCAUACUACCCUAGGGCAAACCUGAGUACUGUUCAAGCCAGCAUGCCUUUAAAUUCAGAAGAAGCUUUAAAGGUCAUGAAAGGUGUUGCCCAGGGCCUGUAUACAUUGCAUAAGGCUGAUAUAAUUCAUGGAUCACUUCAUCAGAACAAUGUAUUUGCUAUAAACCGUGAACAAGGAAUUGUUGGAGAUUUUGACUUCACCAAAUCUGUGAGUCAGCGAGCCUCAGUGAACAUGAUGGUUGGUGACUUGAGUUUGAUAUCACCUGAGUUGAAAAUGGGAAAACCUGCUUCUCCAAGUUCAGACUUAUAUGCUUAUGGCUGCCUUUUAUUAUGGCUUUCUGUUCAAAAUCAGGAGUUUGAGAUAAAUAAAGAUGGAAUCCCGAAAGUGGAUCAGUUUCAUUUGGAUGAUAAAGUCAAAUCCCUCCUCUGUAGCUUGAUAUGUUAUAGAAGUUCAAUGACUGCUGAACAAGUUUUACAUGCUGAAUGUUUCUUGAUACCAAAGGAGAAAUCAGUUCCAAACCCAGAAAAAGAUACUGAAUACACCCCAUAUAAAAAGGAAGAAGAAAUAAAGAUGGAGAACUUGGAUAAAUGUAUGGAGAAGACAAGAAAUGGUGAAGCCAACUUUGAUUGUUAAAUUAUUAUUCUGUUAUUGUUGCAGAUGUUCUUUUUAAAAAUUUGUUUAGUUUGGUUAAUACACAGAAAUAUCUAGAAGUGUUCUGGGACUAGUUGGGUUGUAUCUUUAGUAUUCAGGUUGUGAAAAAUAAAGAUGUUUGGCUAUGCACAAAA